UCCGUCCCCUCCCCUCUCGAAGUCCCAACCCCUCUGCCCCCUUUCCCUUUUGCCUUGCCGGAGGUUGAGAUGGCAGAGCCAGGAGCCGCCACGGCCAUGGACGACGCCGCCUCCGAGAUCAGCGACUGGGAGGUGCUCUCCGCGGCAUCCGGCUGCGGGGGCGGCGCAGCCGACGACGACGACAGCGAGGUCGUGGUCGUCUCCGGCGGGGGCGGCGACGUCCUCCACGUCCACGACCACUUCGCCCUCGCCCCCGCCGGCCCCGACCCCAGGUUCCCCGGCGAGGGCCCGUGGACGGAGACCGGGGACCCCUGGCAGGGGUUGGAAUUACUGGAUGAUGAGAAUCCGAGAGCAAGCUUCGAUCUUGCCGCUGGGGUUUGGAGUGAGCAGCAGGUGCCGGCAGGCGGCGUCGAUGAGGCCCGAGAAGGCCCGAUUCUUGAAGCCACCGUUGCGCGCGGUGUAACCUGGGGCGAAGAUGGAAGUCAAGCCGAGGUGGUAGAUGGUCUGAUUGAGCAGGAGAGUAAUGUUGUGAUUGAUCACGGCGAAUUGGGCUCGGUGCUGCAGCCCGCGCAUCAUGGGUUGGGAGAAACUCUGGAUUCUGAUGCAGCCACGCCCACAGGUGCCUCGCUACAAAUCGAGGGAUCGGAGACGGAGAGUUCCCCUGUCCAAUUGGAUGGUGGAGAAAUUGAUGCGGGUGUGGAGAGCUCGUGCCUCGAGGAUGCUGUGGCAAGUGAUGGGAUUCGUGGUGAACAAGAGGAGCAGGAGCAAGGGGGCAACGCUAGUGCCGCAUCCGGUUCCGAUGAGCCGGAUGGCGAGGCGAAGGAUGGUGAUUUGCCUCUGGCUCACACACCGGGCGCUGAAGAGGGCGACAAACAAGUGGUGGUCUGGUGGAAGCUGCCGUUCAGGCUGCUGCACUACUGUGCUUGGAAGGUGAAGCCGGUGUGGUCCUUCUCCAUCGCCGCGGCGUUGCUGGGCCUGGUCGUGCUGGGGAGGAGGAUGUACAGGAUGAAGCGCAAGGCGAGGGGCUUGCCCCAGAUAAAGAUUGCAUUUGAUGAUAAGAGGACCUCCCAGUUUGCGGACCGUGCUGCACGACUCAACGAAGCCUUCUUGGUAGCUAGGCGUGUACCUCUGCUAAGAACUUCAUCAGGUGCCGUGCUUCCAUGGUCAAUGGUUCAGGAGAGAUGAGCCAACCUGCUCGAAGCUCCAUAAGAAGGUCCCGCUGCCCGGUAAGCAACUGAUCUGGAUGAUGAGCAUCAACGCGAGCAUCUGAAUUGGCUUUGCCAUGGUACCUUUUACUUUUAGACAACGCUGGGAGGAGGCUGGUAAUGUAGUGCCUGAUGCAAUAGCUACCACGUCUUGUACUCUUCCUUUUUUUUCCUUAAUUUUUCUUUCUUUUUUGAGGAACCACUUCUUGUACUCCUGGUUUCCGUCUUUUGCCCUUACUCGGUUUAGUCCUCGGUCGGUGGUGGAGUCUGGAUUUGUCAUUGGUACAUACAUAUGUUCUUUUCUUGUUAAUUUGGAUGCUAGACUGCUCAGGUUUCACGUGCUCUC